AUGUGGGACCCUAGUGAAUAUUCGACGAUCGUUACUAGUGUAUGCGACGUUAUUCCACCUGGCAACUUAUCUGACUCUGUGAACUCCCGAAAGAAAAAAUACUUCUUUGAUGAAUGUCGAACCAUUGGGGAGUUAAACGAGCAUAUGGAAGUGGUUUCCUUGCUCACGGAUUUACUCGAUGCUAAUCGUAGCGACAAUCCACGUUCGGAGAAAAAUAGCUUGGGUCCAAUUAAGAUUAAUAGCAGCCAGUGGCUUCAAAGUAAAGGAGAUAAGGAGUGA